AUGGAAUUAUUGAUUACUAUUCCAAAACUAAAAAAUUUGCAUGAAUUGUCUCUUCGUUGUGGUGACGGUUAUGAAAAUUUCAAGUGGUCAUCAUUAAUCGAUUAUUACGUAUUCUGUGAAAAAAACACAUUGAAAAAAGUUUAUAUUUCGCUAUCGGAAGGUAUGACAUUAAAUUCACCAAUAAAACAAAAUUACAUUUUGAAUGAUUUGAGAAUAUCUGUGCAAACGUUGGACGAUUUAUAUCGAAUAUUUGAAAUUUUGCCAAAUAUAACUCGAUUACGCGUGAAUGUAGCAACACAUAACGCAUCACAGUUGAUUCCAUUACAGGCACAUUAUCCAAAAUGCCUUAAUGCGUUUCAUAUAGAAACCUACGAUACACAGGUGAUGCUAUUUGAUGAUAUGCAAUGUUUAUUAAGAAAUCUACCAACAAUAACACAUUUUUCACUUGAAAUACACACAUGCGAUAAGUACUAUUUAGAUGGAAACAGUUGGGAAUCAAUGUUAAGUACCUGUUUACCCCAAAUAUCUCAAUUUUAUAUGAUGAUUCGCUAUCAUGAUAACAAUUUUAUCGAUGUUAAUGCCGUUCUAGAAAAGUUUUCAACUGAGUUUUGGUUGAACGAGAAAAAAUGGUUUGUUGCGUGUUAUAUGAGCAAUACGAUAGUCUAUCUGGAUACAGUACCGCAUGUUCUCCUCAAUAAAUGUGACGUGCUGGAAACUACAAUACACAUGUCCAACCUGAAAUCAACAGGUGGUUGUGUUCAAAGUAAAUAUGUUCAAGAAAUAUCCAUUGAUGGACAUCACGAACACUUUUCUAUGACUGAGUGGUUUCAAAUCAUCAAUCAAUUUCCUUUUAUCAGAAAACUAGAUUUAUCUAGUAUAAAUACUUUCGGAUUUGCUUCUUUAUCAGUGAAAUUUUCUCAUUUAGUUAGUCUUCAUCAUCUCGGAAUCUAUCGAUCGUAUCAAAAUCGAACAAAUAUUAAUUUCUUCACACAUAUGAUAAAAAUGAUGCCGAAACUCAAACGUUUAUCAAUAUACUAUACAGAACUUAUAUAUCUUACAAAACAGUUGAAUGAUGCAGAAAAUCUUUGUUGCGGAAUCGAAUAUUUAGAUAUCAUAUCAACAGCUAAGAUUGACGGUCAAAUCAUUGCUGCCGAUAUUGACAAAGUGUCAUCACUAUUUCGCAACAUCAAACAUCUAAAAUUUCAUCUAACAUCGAUUCGAGUUAUGAAACCCAAAUAUAGAGAGACACUUUUGAUUAAAAUGUUAAAUGACUUCUCGAAUUUGAUCAGUUUCAAUAUGAUUUGUUCAAAAACAAAUUUGAAAUUUCAUUUCUUAGAAAGUGGUCAACUAAACAAAUGGUUGAAAACAAAUGUUGAUAAACUGAUGAAUAAUGAAGAAGCAUUGUACACAUCAUAUAGUAAAACCUGUUUUCAGUUGUGGUUCUAA